AUGUCGGACGAGCCGCCUACGCGCCAGGAGAUAUUGGAGUCCUUUAAAAGUACUACCGACCUCCUCUCAAACCUCCGUGGGCUACAGAUUAUUAUGUGCCUGAGGGGAGAGGACGAUAUCCUGCCCAGGAGAGAUGCAUAUGGCAUGCAGUGGCUGUUGCUAGACCGGGGGAGAUUCGUUACUCUGCAGGAUCUCCGGGCGAGACAGGCCAAGUCCCCCGACGAGGAUAUCGUCAAAAAGCAAGACGUGCUGGAGAUGCUGAUGCUGGAAGAUUGGAAGGUGUUCGGGAAGUGGAAUAGCCACUGCGAGCGUAUCCUCUCAAGAUCGUACGCCGAAACCAAAGAACAUGAGCCGAAGGGGGAAUAA